AUGAGCAGAGUCCUGACCGAGCCCAUCGGCGGCAGCUUUCGGAAAGACGCGCCUCGUCCGCCAGUACCGGGAGAGGAGGGAGAGGCAUGCCCUUCUAAAAACAUGAAAAUGAGACAACUAGCUAAGACUAAACCCGUGUCUGUUUCUGUACCACCCGGCUGCACGAGCAGGAGGAACAAGGAUGGAAUGGGCGAACCAGAAGGAAGCACCUCCUCGGACUCACCGCUGGCCUGCUGGACUCAACCGUUACACUUUCUGCUGGGAGAUCAGGACGGGGCUCAUCUCUUCAGGAGCUUCUUAGAGAGACACAACUGUGUGGACAUGUUAGACUUCUGGUUCGCCUGUAACGGCUUUAGGCAGAUGGAUCUAAAGAACCCCAAAACACAGAGAGUCGCCAAAGCCAUUUACAAACGCUACAUUGAGAACAACAGUAUCGUGGCCAAACAGAUGAAACCCACCACCAAAACUUUCAUUCGGGAUUGUAUAAAGAAGCUGCAGGUCGAGUCGUCCAUGUUCGAUCAGGCGCAGACAGAGAUCCAGCGCACGAUGGAGCAGAAUGAGUACCAGCUGUUUCAACAACACGUGCGCUGUGAGAGCAUCUAUCUGCCUCCUCUUAUAGAGGAUAAGGAAAGCAGCGCGGAUAUACAUGAACAUGAAUGGAGGUCUCACAGAAGAGGGGACUAUGCCAGGAUGUAUUUUGUCAACUCUGGUCAUGUUUUCGCCCCAGUAACCAGCACAAACGAGAGUGAAAUCUCCAGUGAUGCUACAACAGAUGACUGUAUGUCUGUGACUGACAGCAGUGGGGAUGGAAUCCCUCUGUCCAAAUUUGGCUCAAAAAAACAGCAGCAGCGAGAAAUGCAAAGAAGUGUGAAGAUCAACGGGCAAGUGUCCCUUCCUCACUUUCCUAGGACUCAUCGAUUGUCGCAAGGGAUGAUGCCAGUUGAACCUUCUGCGUUAGCAGCAGAACUCAUCGCCCGUCUGGAGAAAGUGAAGCGAGAAAGAGACUCUCUCAUGUCACUGGAGGUCAAACUGCAGCAGAUACAAGAGGAAGAGGAGAGAGAUGGGAGUGACCCUCCUCCCUCUCACAGCCUGUUUUCCUCUGGGUCCUGUGAAGAGGAUCCUCAGGAAAUUCUGGAUGAGCAUCUCUCCAGGGUCUUAAAGACCCCUGGAUGUCAGUCCCCUGGCAUUCCCUUUUACUCUCCCCGCUCAAGAUCUCCAGACUUCCAUCUCCACCGGUCCUCCAGCCCUUUCCCCGAUACUCCCUGCACCACCUCUAUCAAGAUGUCCUCCACUAAACACAUUCAUCAUUUAUAUGUAUGUCAACAUGAAGGGUGUAGCAAGAGCAGGGAGCAGCUAGAGGUGGAGGCUGCAGACCAGGCUGCUCAUUGUCUGGCGCCGGGUGGGUCCAGCUGCACCUUUCACCGAUGUCACAGCCCAGAGUUCACCUCAGGGAGGACCAGUAGCUUAUCGAAACGUCUUGGUAAUGUCCCAGAUGGAGAAAGCAUGUGUCAUAUGAGCGAAGAGGGCAGCAUUUCCCCACAGCUUCCUGGAGAUGUUACAGAUCGAUCACAGAAUGUGUGGCAGUGGAUCUUGGAGAGCGAGAGACAGCGGCGGCAUAAAACGCACAGUUCUCAGGGCCUGAAGAAAUCAGGCAGGACUCCUCUCUGGGGUUUUGGAGGAAUGGGUGGGCAUUCUCGUGGGCAUCAUCCUGGCCACGCUUUUAUCCAGGACUCAGCCAUGCCCCCUCUGCCCCCUCCAAAUAUACUGGCUCAGCUUGAGGAGGCAUGCAGACGUCUGGAGGAAGUCUCUAAACCGGUCAAGCAGAGACAUUCAGUGGGCAGCCUGCUGAGAAACAGAGUGCAUGUGUCUCCUCAGACUAAUGGCAGCCCAGACCUUCAGGCGGAUGAGUGGAGGGAACAGAGAAAGCAGAGUAGUGGACUGUGUAGAAAAUCCAUAGACUCUGAGCUGGUCGUUACUUACUUCUUCUGUGGUGAGGAGAUCCCUUACCGCAGACUCAUGAAGACACACAGUCUCACGCUUGGACAUUUUAAAGAACAGCUACGCAAGACAGGCAACUACAGGUACUACUUUAAAAAGGCGAGUGAUGAGUUUGAAUGUGGAGCUGUGUUUGAAGAAGUUUGGGAAGAUUGUACUGUUUUACCCAUGUACAAGGGUAAAGUUCUCGGCAAGGUGGAACAAAUGGAUUAAAGAUGAACAAUAAUCACCCAACCAACUCGCUGUGCUGACAGAUGACUUAGACUCAUUACUAAAACAUACUAUCUACAAAGAGACCGUCUGUGGACAUGAUGCUGAUGGACUCUUGGCAGAGACUCUUUGGACCCCCUUCCCCUUUUUAAGCUCACUAGAGUUAAUCAGUUGGAAGGAACACUUGUACCCAGCGACUCAGGAGCAGAAGACCAAUCAGCGAAAGGACCACAAGAGAUACGGCCUUCUGGGAUUUGUAGUUUUUAAGAAGCUUCUAGGAACUAACUCACUAAAAUGCAGAUAAGAGCACAGCAAGGCCGAAUUCAGCUUCUGAACAUCACUUGCCAUAUUGAAGUGUCUAGAUGUGUAUAUACAGGUUUUCAUUAGAGAUGCAUUUUAAUGAUAAAUAUUAGUAUUUAUUAAACCGUACCAUCCUCAUUUCCACACCGCUUAAGUCCAGAGAAUGGACAUAAAGAUUUUAGAUGGACAGUGUUUUUUCUACAAGAGUAUCAUUUAGGGACAAAAGCAAUGUUACAAAACUUGUUUACAUUGCUUUCUUUGUAUUCCCUAACAAAAAUCGAGAGUUCUGGUAAACUUGCCGCAAAUUCGCCACUCCAUUAUUUUCACAUGCAAAUGAGCUAUAUGACAAACUCUUCAUUGUCGCCAAAGGAUUGCUGCAGGUUCAUCACUACUGGUGUAGAGCUGUAAACAUCUGUGGCGAAUCACAAGCUCAUUUGCAUGUGAAAAUCAUGAGUGGGAAAUUUGUGGCAAGACUGCAGCAAGUUUAUGGCAAAUUUGUCAGAACAGAUUUUUUUGGUAAGGAUCUGUGUUCCAGUGAGACACUCACAAUGGAAAUCAAUGGGGUCAAUUAUUGGAGGGUUAACACACAUAUUGUUUAUGUCUUGUGUCUAUACUUUUGAAACAGUGAGUAUUUUAAUGUUUACAGAUUGUUGACCCCAUUGACUUCCAUUGUAAGUGUCUCACUGGAACACACAUUUGUGCUUUUUUAAAGAAAAGUCGAAUCAAAAUGAAUUUUUGUGGUAAUCAACAUUAUGACACAAAUGCUGCCGAUUGUUCUUAACUUGUAUUGAACCCAGAAUAUUCCUUUACAAUAGAAAUGGCAUAGAUGUAGAGAACUAUAUUUCUGUACUCAUUGGAAUCGAUAAUGAACUGUAAAGGGAAAUGAAAGUUUAAUAGUACAGCACUUGUGCCUACAUGGACCAUACCAUGUGCUGCCCUGUUUCAGGGUGUAACAUUCCCUUGAAUCAGAAGGGCAUACAU